AUGAAUUCUGCUUUAAAGCCGGUGCUGCCCCAGCCGGGGGUCCCGCAGCCGGGCGGCCAGGCGAGUCCUGCGAAAGGCAACGUGGCAAGCGCUAAUCACGCCGUCGGUCUGCCUCAGGGUGCUCAAAAUUCCCUCCACCACGGGUCCAACAGUUUGGUCGGGCAGAAUUUGAUACACCACGUAAACGCACCACAACCGCCGGUUCACGCUGUACCUUCCAUGGCGCCGGUGACGGCCAACAUGGCACAAAUGGCACAGAACAUGAGUCACCAUGGAAACCUAUCACAUGUUACUCAAAACUCAAUUCCACCUCCUAGCCCUAGUAAAACUGCGACCACUGGUGCCCCUCUUAGCUUAGUACAAGAGAAGGCCAAUACGUCUCAGCCACUUGCUUUGACAAGAACACCUGAGAAAAAAGAACCUGAUUCAAGUAGUCACGCAAAUGGCACAAUUGAAUCAUCAAAAUCAGGUUCAAAUGCACCUACUCCACUCAAGCCUCAAAAUCCUGAAUGUAAUAAAGAUAAGCAAGAUAUUGCAAAGACCUCGCCAAGUACACCAAAACCACCUGAGAAAUCUUUGGAGAAACUUGCAAAUACCCAGUGCACACCACAAAAAUCUGAUGCUCCUAAUUCAGUUGCACAGCCUGAUGGCCCUGUUCAACCCAAAGUGGCUACAGCUAAUGAACCGCCAGAAAAAUCUCCUUCCAAGCCAACCGAUGUUAAACUGGCACCUACAGCAGAUGUUGCACCUGUGCAGAGUGACAGCAAACCAACACCUGAAGCAGCUAACGAGAACCAAGACAAAGUCUCCACAUCCCAGGUACAAGAACAGCGAGCACCUGAGAGCCCUAAAGCAGAUUCACCAUCCAAAUCGGAAGAGAAGAAAGUGGAGCCAAGUGAAAAACCACAGCAGGUCGAAGAGAAAAAGGAGGAUGUCAAAGAAAUAAUUGAAUCGUCGAAACAAGAGGAAGAAACAGAGAAAUUGGAAAAACAGGAAGAGAAAGUGGAAGAAAAAAAACCAGAGGUUAAAACUCCUGUGAAACCUGAAGUGAAACUAGCACCGAAGUCAACUAUGAAACUUGCAACGGUAACUCCACCUAUGAGAAAGAGGAGGCAAUUGUCACCGACUAAAUCUAGUGAUGGAAUCACACCAGCAAAGAAGUCCUUAGAUGCAGAUUCCACUGUAGACACAAGAAUCAAAAGAAACAGGACUAAGGUUCAGCUUUAUCAGUCACCGACUCCGGAAAUCGCGAUGGCAACGAAGCUGUCAGCAUCGGCCGGCCGUUCCACGCCCACAAAGCCAAACGACGACAAACUUAUCGUCUUUUACAAGAACGAGUACCUGGCCGUGCGCAACGCGGAGGGCGGCUUCUACGUGUGCCAGGCCGUGCAGAACGUGUACCGGAGCACGCGCAAGAUCAAGAUCCGCUGGCUGUCGCAGGACAAGGCGGACCCCUCCGGCGAGACCUACGUGCCGGACUUCUACGACGUCACGGACAUGGAGUGUGUGCUGACAACCCUGUCGUUAUCAAGAGCACCGGGCGGAGGCGGUGCGCAGCUGCUGAAAGCAACGGAAGAGGCGCGCGCCAAAUCGAUCCUGGACAGGGCGCUGAAGGCGGAACAGAGCGGGGACGCCAACAACCUGGAGCUGACGGAGGAACACCCGGACGGUCUGGACCUAUCACUGUACACAGACGAGUCGCAGCUGGAGAAGAAGGGCAGGAAGCGCAGCGGCAAGUCCUCGCCAAGAACGAAGAGCGACCAGGAACAGACUGCGGAAGAGGAGACGCCGAGCAAAAAGGCGCGCAGCACGCCGAAGCGCAGCCCUAAAGGCUCGCGCAAAUCGAAACCGAAGCAAAGCAACAAUAAGACGAAAUCGGCAGGUAGCUCGCCCGUAGUGGCGGCCGCUAGCAAGACUGCCACCGCCGUUACGGAUAAGACGAAGGCAAAAUUGACUCCGGCCAAGCGGACGCCUGCGAAACCACUUAAAGCGGAGACUCCUCUCAGCACGCCCACUCGCAAAGGACGGAGGGCUGCCAAAGAUAUUAAAGCGUCUCCGAUGACACCCACGCCAUCCACGUCCACCGGCAAAGCAACGCGCACCCCCAGGAAACCGCCCGCGAAGAAA